AAGAAAUGGAAUAUGAAAAUGUAUUGAAUAAUAAAUAAUAAUGAAAAAAACAAGACAUGCUCUGCAACGACUGAUUCUUGAGCUCUUUCGUCGGCCUCCUCUUCUGCCGCUAUUUCCUUUACCCUUUUUCUUACUUCUUCUUCUUCUUCUCUCUUCAUUCUAAUCUCUAUCAACGAAUUUCAACCUUUGAUUACAUAUAUAUUCAUUCCUAACAACUACUUCAAUUCUGUUUCUUUUUCUUUUUCUCUUUCUUUCAAGUUUUCAAGUUUUGAUUGCUACAACACACAAUUCGUCUUUCCUCUGUUCACAACAACAACCAGAAUUCUGUUUUCUACAACUCAUUUCUCAGGGCUGAAUGCUCUGAUCUUCGACGCUUUUCUGGGUUUUUGUACUCUUCUUCACCUGCUUUGGAUUUUCCAAUCCUUUGUUUUUGUGUUUUUUAAAAUGACCACCAAUUUAUUGGAAAUGCAAGAACCCAGCAUUGAUACGGAUAAGCUCAGCUAUGAGAUUUUUUCUAUUCUCGAGACUAAAUUCUUGUUUGGGUAUGAUGAUCAGAAGCUUUGGAUACCCAAACAGAUCUCUCCUCUUAUUGAUUCCAUCCCUCAACUUCAUCCCCGUCCAGAGCUUCAACCUGAAUCCAUCAAUGCUGUUUCUGCUAUUAAGAAUCAGAGGGGUAAAAUCUGCGUUCUCAGCAUUGAUAGUGGCGGCAUGCGGGGGAUUCUUUCCGGUAAGGCUUUGUCCUAUCUUGAACAAGCUCUCAAGACCAAAUCCGGCAAUCCAGACGCUAGAAUCGCUGAUUAUUUUGACGUUGCUGCCGGAGCUGGUAUUGGAGGUAUUUUCACGGCCAUGCUUUUUGCAACCAAGGACCAGACCCGUCCAAUCUUUAAUGCCGACGAUACCUGGCGCUUCCUCGCUGAACAAGGGAAGCGAUUCUACCGUUCGUCUUCAAGCUCUGGAAACGCCUUUUUCCGGCGCCUUCGUAAACCUCGCGGCUCUUCCUCCGCCGCCAACUCUACCGCCGGUUUGGAGAAGGCGAUGAAAGAGGCGUUUGUAGAGAACGGGAGAACCUUAACGCUUAAGGACACUCUGAAACCGGUUCUAAUCCCUUGCUACGAUCUUUCCAGUACGGCGCCGUUUCUGUUCUCUCGAGCCGACGCUCUCGAGACGGAGAGUUUCAAUUUCCGGCUAUGGGAGGUUUGUCGAGCCACAUCGGCGGAACCGGGGGUGUUCGACCCGGUUCCAAUGCAGUCCAUCGACCGCCAAACGCAAUGCCUGGCCGUGGACGGUGGAUUGGCCAUGAGCAACCCAACGGCGGCGGCGAUCACGCACGUGCUGCACAACAAGCAAGAGUUCCCGUUCGUGCGAGGAGUUGAGGAUCUUUUGGUUCUGUCUCUAGGGACUGGUCAACUGUUUGAAGGGAAUUACGAUUACAAUGAAGUGAAGGGGUGGAAGGCGAAGGAGUGGGUUCGGCCCAUAGCUCGAAUCUCCGGCGAGGGUGGGGCCGACAUGGUGGACCAGGCGGUGGCCAUGGCUUUUGGGCAGUGUAAGAGCAGUAAUUACGUGCGAAUUCAGGCAAAUGGAUCCAGUAGUGUUCCAUGCGGUCCUAAUGUGGAGACAGAUCCAAGUUCCAGCAAUGUAAAUAUGCUGGUUGGAUUAGCAGAAGAGAUGCUGAAACAGAAAAAUGUUGAAUCUGUUCUAUUUGGAGGGAAGAGGAUCGGUGAGCAGACGAAUUUUGAGAAACUUGAUUGGAUUGCUGCAGAGUUGGUUUUAGAGCAUCAGAGGAGGAGUUGCAGAAUAGCUCCUACUGUUGCUUUCAAGCAAGUCUUACCUUCAAACCCAUAGAAAAAAGAAAAAAAAAAAACUCAAGAGAUAGAAGAAAAGGGAAAAUUACUACCUCUUAUAUAUAGAGAGAGAGAGAGGGAGAAAAAAAAAGAAGAGAAGAAGGUUUGAUUAUUAAUAUUAAUCUGAAUAUGUAUUUGUAUUUGUAUGUAGAGAUGGUAAAAGAGAGGGGUGGGGGUGGGGAGUUUGAAGGAAAAGGACAAAACAAAAUGGUCUGAAAAAGAGUGAAAAAUCUUAGUGGGAUACUUUGCCUGCUUAACCCAAGGCAUUGUGGUGUCCACUCCUUCGUUUCACAAUGCACCAAACCCUUCUAAAACAAACACACAUUCACAUCUCAACUACUCAACCCUUUUGCAAGUCAAACCAAAAUAUUUCAGGUCUCUCAAAUUCAUUCUCUUAUUUUAAUUUCAAGUCCCCCAAAUUUCCCUGUCUGUCCUGUCUUCUUCUUCAAAAGAAACCCAGAAAAAUGGUACCCAAAUUUGCUUUGCUUUUACAUUUUUCCUUUUCAAUCUCUUUCACUAUUAUAUUUAUUUCAGUGACCGACAGUUUCCUGAAGAUGGUGUGUUUGGAUUAAUAAACUUUAUAAAUAUAUGACUUAUGGGACUGCAGGGGACCCCAUUCCUUAAUGAGACACAAACUUAAUUGUUUUUCUUUUUCUCCUUUUGAACUUCAUGUUCUUCGGCAAAACCAUCUCUCUCUCUUCUAUAUUUCUUUUUUUUUUUCCCUUUCUAAAAGUGUAUAUGUUUGUAAUUAGUUAAAUGGUUCCCAGAGAAUUGGUGUCAUGGUUUCACUGGACAGUAUUGAACACCAUUGAUAUCAGACAGUGUUUAUUUAAGAGAAUUCAUCAUUAUGUUAAUUCAAUUGUUGUGUUGAAUGGCUUA